AUGAGUUCAUCAACAAAUUCACAAUUAAAAGACAAUUUACUUGAAAUAAUUAAUAAUUUUCGUGUAUCCGAUUUACAAGCUUUACUUGAAUAUGCAUGUCUUUCACGGCAAGGUAAUAAACGUGAAUUAUUUCAGCGUUGUAAAAUUCUCAUAUGUUCAAAUUUUACUCAACAAUUAUUAAAUAAAAUUCAUCAAAUAAAUAUAACACGAAUUAAUUCGACAAAACCACAACGUCCAUCAGUAUCUCUUUCUUUAUCAUCUACAUGCCGUGAUUAUCAUAAACAAAAUUCAGUUAUAUUAUCGCCAAAUUCAUCGAUUGAUAAUUUACCAGUACCUAAUCUUGUACAAAAUGUUCAGUUACCUUUUUAUGAUAAACUUCGAACAAUUGAAUGUAUAAAUAUACCUGUUGAUUGGAAUAAAUUUUCUCCUUUACGUUUUAUUUUAACUGACUUCGAUGUUGAUUUUAUACUUAAAGGUAUAGCUAAAAUUUUUCUUCGUAUUUCACCAACAAUUACAUCUGAAAAACAAAAUGAUGUUUUACCACCUUAUUUAUUCGUUCAAUGUAACGGUCAAACAGUUAUUAAUAAUAAUGUAUCAAAAACAGUUGGUUCUCAAGCUCAUUCAAUAGUAUUUCCAACUGAUAUAACAGACAAUUUAAUUCCUAAAUCAAAUAUACAGAAUACAUUAAAUUAUCUUUGGCUUCAAUCACCAAUAAAUAUGUCAUUGAAAAAUUUACCGAAAUCUUAUACAUUAAAAAUUCAACUUGUUCGUUAUGUUCCAUUAGAUUAUUUAUUUGAAAAUAUUCUUAAACGUGAAUCACUAUUAAAAAAUGUCGAUGAUAAUGAUAGCGACAUUGAAAUUGAAGAUACUGGUUUAAUGGCAACACAACAUCGUGUUUCAUUAAUUUGUCCAAUAACCCAAUCAUUAAUCAUUGUACCAGCUAAAUCAUCGUACUGUUCACAUUUAACAUGUUUUGAUCUUCGAUCAUUUCUUCAAAUGAAUGAACGACGUUUACAAUGGACAUGUCCACUAUGUAAAAAACCAGCUUCAUAUGAUAAUUUAUGUGUUGAUAAACGUUUACAAUCAAUACUUUCGAAUGUUCCACCAAAUUGUUCAACUGUUGAAAUCGAUUCAUCAACAAAAACUUUAUCCGAUUGUCAUUAUAUAUUAGAUAAUAUUAAACAAGAAAAAACUAACAUUGCUAUUACUACUCCAUUAAAUCAAAAUGAGAAUAAUGAUGAUGAGAAUGACAAUGAUGAUGAUGAUGAUGAUGAAUUAAUACAUAAUUCUUCAAUUAAAUCUCGUCGUCAAUCAGUGACAAGUGAUUGCGUUAUUCUUUCAUCUGGAAGUGAAAGUAAAGAUGAAAAUGAAACCGAAGAUAAUAAUACACAAAGUACAAAUUCAUCUAUUCCAGUGACUCCACUUUCAAAUGAUUUAUUUAAUCAAGAUAAUCUUAUUGAUGAAAAUCAACAAAUAAGUAGUACUAUUGCAUCAUAUAUUAGUGUAAAUUCAUUACAGUCUCUAGCAGCAUCAAAUAUUGAUGAUGGAAGUUAUUGGGCAGAAUUAGCCAGAAUGACAUAUGAUUUAAUAUCAGAUAAUAAUAAUGAACAAAAUCGAAAUCGAAAUCGAAAACGAAGUACUAAUUCUAUGUUAUCAUUAUUAUCAAAUGGUGAUGAUCAUCGUCAUCAAAAACGAGCAAAACGAUCAUCAAAUAAUAGUUCACGAUCAACUGAUAUUGAUGUCAUAGUUAUUUCAUCAAGUGACAGUAGUGAUAAUGAUGAUCAUUUAUCAUGA